GCCUCGGCGCCUCUGUGGAGGUCUGCGGGGUUCCGAGCGCCAGUGGUCGGAACGGCUACUUGAGGUGUUGGGAACGGGAUGGAGGACGCGGGAAAGGCCGUCGGGUGACGAUGGCGUGUGAGGCAGAACGCCAGCCCUUAGGUGUAUUCGAGUGCCAGCUCUGUGCCUUGACAGCUCCAUACAGCUAUGUGGGGCAGAAGCCCCCCGACAUCGAGUCUGUCAUCCUUCUGGAGGAGAGCUACGUCAUGAAGGACCCCUUCACCUCGGACAAGGACAAGUUCCUGAUCCUCGGCUCGAGGUGCAGCGUGUGCAGCAGGCUGGUGUGUGUGGGCCCGGACUGCAGCUUAUUCUACUCCAAGAGAUUUUGCCUCCCUUGUGUCCAGGAGCACAUUGAUGCCUUCCCUCAGGAAAUUCGGCAAGACGUAGAGAAAAGGAAGCUUCCAUCAAAGAGGCCCGCCAGCCGGCCCACUGCUCAGACAUGAGUGCAGCUGGCUGCCAGGCCCACAGCAGCGCCCUGCAGUCCUGCAUGGGCUCCCAGGCCAGCUGGCCUCUGUGGCCUGGGGCUGGGACGGCGCUGAGCUGGGAGCCGCUGUCUGGGCCUUGUUUCUUGGCUCAGGGGAGUUCGAGCCCGGCCUGAAGCAGCAACAGGGCCGGGAGCCAUGCAGAGGAGGCACCCCCAAGGCAGACCUCAGGCAGACAGCCUGUGCCCUGGCGCCGGGGUGGACCGCAGGGCAGGAGCAGAGGGACGCGAGUCUGGGCCUGCUGGCUGUCUGCCUCUGCUGAGGCUGGGUGCUGGGCCCUCCAGCAGCGUUGUCCCCUGGCUCGUGUCCUGCUCACCCACAGUCGGGCUUGGAGGGGCCUGUGUGCCCUUCGUACAGCUGAUCAGAUCGGGAGCUGUUUCCACGUUGCUCUGCCGGGCCCUAUGGACAUAGCAGCACAGGGACAAAAUCCCACUGUCUCAGGGUUGUGGGUCCAGCGUGGGGAGACCCUGUGUGGUCACGCCGGCGCUCCGGACUGGCAGUGGAUCGGGUGGUUGAGGGUUGGUGCUUCCAGUGUCUUCUCUUCCCUCCACGUCCGGCUCCAGGCCUAAUUCCAUUCCCAGGUAGAGGGAGACCCUCGGCUUCCCUCCCUCAGGGCCGCACCUCAGAGCCAGUCUGUUGCUUGCCUGCUGCUUCCCCAUAGCGGG